CAGCAGUGGCAGCUCGCUGUUGCUCAGCACCAGGGUCUCCAUGCCGGCCUGCAUUAGGCCCCCACGCAGGUCGGGCUGGCUGUCAGCCUGGGUCCUGGUGGCAGAGCAGUCCUGUGGCGAAGGACUGUGGCAGUGUCUGAGGGUGAGGUGCAGGAGGCCUGGUGAGGUGGACGGGGCCAUUAGCAGCUGCCACAGCAGGCGAGUGAUGGGGGUUUGCUUCGCUAGCUGAAUGCAAGUGUGCCCCCGUUGCAGUUUAUCACGUUGGAACUAGCCCCUGUUCCAUGAGUGUUUAUUUAGUGCUGGGUGCCGAGGGUAGGGGCAGAAUAAGGCAGUGUCCAGCCGGUACGCAGCUGGUUUACACAGUGUUCUAAGCCGGAGGUACGCCACUUACCCUUUUGUUAGAGGCUUUGGAUAAAAGGGACAGGAACCCCACAUAAGGCUGUAUUGGGGCUGAUUUUUUUAGAAAACACUGGCAGUUCCUUGUGAUUCAGUGGGUUGCUGCGAUGGCUUGGCUUUGGGCCAUAGACUGGUGACGGCACAGUCACCAGGGAAACCAGAGAUGCAGUGUGUGAAAGGCGCCCAGGGGUUUGUUCCUGUAGUCUGGAUUCCCAUUGGCUUGGAGGCGUGGUGUGGACGGGCGCUGGUGGCAGAGGCCGGGUGGGCCUGGCUGUGCAGAUCGCCCAGCCGUGGCCUGCGGUGGAACACCGGGGAGGCUUUGGGUCAUCGCCAGGCCCUGUGAGGUCUGGCUCUGGUCUGCAUGCUGCUGCACAGCAGGAAAUGAGGAUUCACAGAUGGAUUCAGAAGAAAAAUCCGUAAAUAAAAGUGAACAGAAAUCAAGAAAGUUUUUAAAAAGCCUUGUCCGGAAGCAGCCCCAGGAGCUGCUGCUGGUCAUCGGGACAGGUGUGAGUGCGGCGGUGGCCCCGGGCAUCCCGGCCCUGUGCUCGUGGCGCAGCUGCAUUGAGGCGGUCAUCGAGGCUGCGGAGCAGCUGGAGGUGCUGCACCCUGGGGACGUUGCUGAGUUCCGGAGGAAGGUGGUAAAGGACCGGGACCUGCUGGUGGUGGCCCACGAUCUGAUCCGCAAGAUGUCACCUCGCACCGGCGACACGAAGCCCAACUUCUUCCAGGACUGCCUGAUGGAGGUGUUCGACAGCCUGGAGCAGCACAUCCAGAGCCCGCUGGUGCUGCAGUCCAUCCUCGGCCUCAUGGACCGGGGCACCAUGGUGCUCACCACCAACUACGACAACCUGCUGGAGCUCUUCGGGCAGCAGCAGAACCGGCCUAUGGAGUCGCUGGACCUGAAGGACAAGACCAAGGUCCUGCAGUGGGCGCGUGGCCACAUCAAGUAUGGAGUGCUCCACAUCCACGGCUUGUACACAGAUCCCUGCGGGAUGGUGCUGGACCCGUCCGGCUACAAAGACGUCACGCAGGACCCCGAGGUCAUGGUGCCUGCAUGUGGAAUGCACCUGGAUCACUGCCUGCCCUCCCGCCCACCUGCAUGCGGCAAUCCUCCCUCAGGGUGCCAGUGGCUCUUCCACUUCCAAAGCUGGAAGUCCUGCAGAACCUGUACCGCACCAAGUCCUUCCUGUUCGUGGGCUGUGGGGAGACCCUGCGCGACCAGAUAUUCCAGGCGCUCUUCCUCUACUCGGUGCCCAACAAGGUGGACCUGGAGCACUACAUGCUGGUGCUCAAGGACAACGAGGACCACUUCUACAAGCACCAGGCUGACAUGCUGCUGCACGGCAUCAAGGUCGUGUCCUACGGGGACCGAUUCGACCUCUUCCCGGGGUACCUGCAGGACCUCGCCACCCAGAUCUGCAGGCAGCGCAGUCCAGACGCUGAGCGAGUGGACAGCACCACGCUGCUGGGCAAUGCAUGUCAGGACUGUGCGAAGAGGAAGAUGGAGGAGAACGGGAUGGAACCGCCCAGAAAGCUCAGACACCCAGAUGAUGCCAGCGGGUCCUGAGCUCUUUCUACCCGGUCACACCUGCAGCGUGAGGCUCGGCCUUCUGUAACCAGUGCCAUGUCCCCCGCCGUCACCGUCACUGUCACUGUCAUGUGCCCCCAGAGCCGGCCAGGCUGGGUGUAGAGCUCUGCGUGCUGACCUGCCGCGGUGACACGGACACUCUUCGGGAGCCCUGUGCGGACCGAUGAAGGCUACCUCAGGGACCAGCGGCGGGGAGGAUGUGCCUGGCGCCGCUGCCCUGCGCGCUGCUCUGCAUCCGGGUGUUUCUGCCGAUGCAGGAGAGGAGCUGGUCCAAGCAGCAGGGUUGGCGGAGAGGAGGGAGAAGGCCCCGGCCCUGGGCUGUUCUCACGUGGAAACAGCUGGCCUAGAGGGCGCGUUUCACCCUCUCUGUUACACUGGUCACAGUAAAGGGGCAUCGGAGCGGCGCGCAGAGAUGGUUUUUAGGAGUGAUGCUGCCAGGAGGCUCCGGAGGGCGGCUCUGCCAACGCUGCCCAGGGCCAGCCAGGAGGCGCAGGGGUGUGGACGAGGCUCUCAGCCUGGAGUCCAGCCGAGCUUGGUGUGUCCUCACAUCCUGGGGCAAGGUCCUGCCUAUUGUCCUCCCUUGUCCCCGUUCCUCAAGCCAAGGGGACUUCUGCAGGGCCAGCCAGCUUGUGGCUUUGCUGGGUGCUGCGCAUGCGCGGGAGGCCUCCCUGCGGCCCGCCCUGCGCACUGCCCCAGCGCCCUUGCGUGGGUGCCCAGCCCCGGGACCCCACAGCCGCAGUCGGGGAGGGGCAGGGAACAGGGGUGGGCGGAUGAGGGUGAGCCGGAGACGCGCGCCGGAGCCCUUUCUCCCCCUUUUGAAGCAUAGAGACAAACGUGUCACUCUGGUCAUAAAUAAAGUUUUUACGUGGCCA